GCUUCUUUGGGCCGCAGAGCGAGACGUGAAUUUCCUGUGUCUAGCAAGUCGAUGUCCUACACAAAUCCAGCUCCUAACAACAAGGUCACAUCUCAUGCCAACCCAAAACAUAACACUACCAACUCCCAAAUUGUAUCUAUCAAUUCCAAAACCAUAACAUGCCCCCCACCAACCUCCUCGCGGGCAAGACCGCCAUCAUCACCGGCGGCACCACGGGCAUCGGCCGCGCCAUCGCCCUCGCCUUCCUCGCCCAAGGCUGCAACGUCGCCGUCAACCACCUAGACCUCCCCAGUGACAAACCGCAUCUCGACUCCCUCCUAACCGAAGCCACCACCCUCCUCAAAAUCAACCCCACCACUUCAGGCCGCCUCGCCCACCUGCCCGGCGACGUGCGCGACCCGGCCACCGGCCCGGCCCUCGUCUCCUUCGCCCUGGCCGAGUUCUCCACCGCCCGCCUCGACAUCUGCGUCUCCAACGCCGGCGUCUGCACCUUCGCCGACCUGCUCGACGACCUCACCCCGGACCUCUUCGCCACCACCGUGCGCACCAACCUCGACGGCGCCUUCUACGUCGUGCAGGCGGCGGCGCGCCAGAUGGCGCGGCAUAAUGUACCCUUGGGCGGCGGGUCCAUUAUUGCGGUGUCGUCCAUCUCGGCGCUGGUCGGGGGGGGGAGGCAGGUGCAUUAUACGCCGACCAAGGCGGGCGUGUUGUCGCUGAUGCAGAGUAGCGCGGUGGCGCUGGGGAAGUAUGGGAUACGGUGCAAUGCGCUGCUGCCGGGGACGGUGCGGACGCAGUUGAAUGAGGAGGAUUUGAAGGAUGAGGGGAAGAGGGCGUAUAUGGAGGGGAGGAUUCCGCUGGGGAGGACGGGCGUGCCGGGGGAUGUGGCCGGGCCGGCGGUGUUUUUGGCGUGUGAUGAGUUGAGUGGGUAUGUGACGGGGGCGCAGUUGCUGGUGGAUGGGGGGUUGUUUGUGAAUUUGCAGUGAGGGUUGGUGUUGGGGAGGGGGGUUGUGAAGUGUUGGAGAGGGAAGAUGGACAAUACGACAAUGUUCCAGAUUCUAGUCCACAGCCAGCAAGGUGCGCAAACUCCAUCCUAUACCCUCGACAUAGGUCCCCAUUUCCUCCUAUCAGGCCCUCAACCCUAUGGCAACCGCAUGCGGAAUGAAAGAAUAGCCGGUAGCUGUGUGUAGU